ACCCACAACCAGACCGCACCCCCCCUCAGCCUCUCGUCGUCAUCUCGAAGAAGUGUGAGUGACGUCAACGUCGGACACAGAUGAACGGCCGACGUUCAUCUGGCAUCCACCCGGUGGGGACGCAACCUCAUGCUUGUCCACUUCUAAUCUCCUCCUUCACGUCCGGCGUACCUUAGCACUUGCCCCUCCCCCCUACCCCCCCCCCCCAAAAAAAACACCCCGAACCCCGAAAACAACCGAACCCCAACCUCAUGAAGCCGUCUAUAGAAGACCAGGGUGCGCACAGCACCCCCCGCCCCCACCACCCCUCAUUCCCACACCCCACCUCCACCAACGGCACGCCCAGCAGCGGCCGCGAGGACGCCUGGAGCGAGGGAGCCACGUCAGCCCUAAUCGACGCCUGGGGCGACCGUUUUCUCCAGCUCAACCGCGGCAACCUCCGUCAGAAGGACUGGAAGGAGGUCGCUGACGCCGUCAACAGCCGUCAAGACGGCGUUAAGCCCCGGAAGACGGACAUCCAGUGCAAGAACCGCAUCGACACCCUGAAAAAGAAAUACAAGCUCGAGAAAUCCAAGCUCGCGCCUUCCAAGUGGCCCUUUUUCUCCCGCCUCGACAGUCUCAUCGGCUCCACCACCCCCGCCGCCGUUAAAUCGUCCGCUAAGACCCCAACUUCCGUCACUUUCACCGUCAGGCACCCUGCCAAGCAGAACCCUCCCGCCGCUGCUACCACCGCCCUGGCCGUCUACUCGGGCGGGUCCUCUUCUAAAUCGAGGCUGAAUUCCCGUGGGACCACCGAGAGCUCCCGUGGCGGCAAUGACGACGAUGACGACGAUGUGGCGUUUGAUGGUGGGCCAAGGAAGCAGCGGCGGCGGGAUCCAGAGGCGGGGGAUGGCAGCGGGGUGCUGAGCGAGCUGGCGAGGGCGAUACUCAAGUUCGGGGAGAUCUAUGAGAGGAUCGAGAGCUCAAAGCAGCAGCAGCUGAUGGAGCUGGAGCGGCAGAGGAUGGAGUUUGCCAAGGAGCUUGAGUACCAGAGGAUGCAGAUGUUCAUGGAGGCGCAGCUCGAGAUGGAGAAGAUGAAGCGCCCCAAGUACAGUUCUGGUCCUGCUAACAUUUUGACUUCCCACUAUGGAUUGAAGUAGAACCUCAAAUGGUGUAAUAGAACCUAAACUACCAUAAUGGAGAUCUGAUCGGAUAUAGUCUAAUGUGGUUCAUAACACUACUUGUUGAUAUGUAUUUGAAUUUCAAAUCUGACUAUCCAUUUAAUCCAAAUGCCAUCAAUUUAAAAAUAAUAAGAGGGGCCACCAAGAAAAAAAGGAUUUUUACCACCGGAGAUGUGCUCAUUGUAAUUCAGUGCUGGUCAGUUGGAAAAUAUCCUUCCUGCCAGAUGCAUAAGACACUGUCUCUGCAUUUAGCAAAUGACACGGUAUUUGAAUUUAAUUUAAAGUGAUGUUCGCAUUUAAUGUGGUCGCUGUUAGAUUUAGCAGCAUUGCCAUUUGGAGCACUUUUCAAAUGCAGCCCCUUAUAUUGGCAUUCAUUACCAUUCUAACGUUAAAUUUUCACGUUAAAUAGCAUAAAGCAUGUUUCCUAAUCUUUGAUUGAAAACCCAAAAAAUCUCCUAUUCAGAUUUCAUCAGGGACUAGAGAAAAAAAAAAAAAAAACUCCAUUUGGUUAUCUACCUGAUCAAGCUUUGUUCAUGACUCUCUAAAA